AUGUCGGCGCCGUGGGACUACAUCGCCAAGCUCGUCUGCAUCGGCGACUCGGGCUGCGGCAAGUCGAGCCUCACCAUCCGCCUGUGCGAGGGCCGCUUCUCCCCGCACCACGACGUCACAAUCGGCGUCGAGUUCGGCUCCCGCAUGGUCCCUGUCGGGCCUCCUCACAGCAAGACCCUCGUGGCGCCGCCGCUUCCGUCCUCCUCCUCAAUAGCCGCCGCCGAUGCCGCCUCCGACACGGCACCCUCCGCCGGCCUGCCCGAGCCGCCCCGCGACAACAGCAAGACGCCCCAAAAACACAUGAAGCUUUCACUCUGGGACACAGCCGGCCAGGAGACGUACAAGUCGGUCACGCGCUCCUACUUUCGCGGCGCCUCGGGCGCCCUCCUCGUCUUUGACCUCUCCCGCAAGCAGACGUUUGAGCACGUCACCGACUGGCUCAACGACCUGCGCCAGAUUGCCGAGCCUGACAUUGUCGUUGUGCUCGUCGGCAACAAGGCUGACCUUGUCCUGGACGAGAGCAAACGGCAGGUGACGCAGCACGAGGCGCGCGAGUGGGCGCGCAGAAACGGCGUGCUGGAAUACGUCGAGACGAGCGCCAAGAGCGGCGAAAACGUAGAAAACGCCUUUAUGCGCGUCGCUGAGCGUAUAUACCAGAAUAUUCAGGCCGGCAAGUACGACCUCAACGAUCGCCGGUCCGGCGUCAAGGGUCCCAGCGCCGGCGGCAGUAGACAGGUCAAGCUGGGCGUCAACGGGGGCAAGUCAGGAGGCUGCUGCUGA